AUGGCAAUCUUUUCCGCGCCUCGGCUGCUAGCGUGCUUGCUGAUCCUAGCCGUCGGAUUGAGCCACGUGGCGGGCAUCCGGUUCGAGGUGACGGCGUACAGCAAGUGUCUGGGCGUGGAGGUUCAGGAGGGGACUCUCGUUGUCGCGUCGUACCAAGUAGUGCCGAGCGGCGAGAGCAGCCCUCUCACCAAGAUCACCGCCAAGGUGACAUCCCCGUUUGGGCGGCAGCUGCACUGGCAGAGCGACGUGGAGGAGGGGCACUUUGGGUUCACGGCCAAGGAGUCGGGGCAGUUCAUGGCAUGCUUCUGGAUGCCGCAUGGCACUCCGGGCAAGGAUUCCCUCAUGGUGGACCUGGAGUGGCGAUCAGGCGUGGCAGCUAAGGACUGGGAGAGCAUAGCGAAGAAAGAGAAGAUUGAUGGCAUGGGGUUGGAGCUGAGGAAGCUGGAUGAGACAGUGAGGGCCAUCCGAGAUGAGAUGACCUACUUCCGGGGGAGGGAGUCGGAGAUUCGGGACUCUAAUGAGCUGACCAAUGAGCGUGUGGCCUUCAUUAGUAUCACAUCGCUGCUAAUAUCCUCCCAGUUUCUUGGCGAUCCCAUUGGCACCACCUCGUUCGUAUCUGCUGUACGGCGUAACGCGGGGUGGGACAGCUCACUCACUUCUACCAGCCAGAGAAGCACUCGAAUCCUCCCCAAAACAGAGGCAGCUGGCUGGACCAGAAAAGGAGGCAAGUCAGCAGGGGGCAGUGGUGGGAAGGCAGCCAAGCCAAAGCCUAAGUCCUGGAAAGAACGGCACGAGAAAUUUGUGAAGCCGUUUAUUCUCGAUGUGUACAUUUCCAAGCGUUACGUGAGCGCGAAAGUGAUGCAUAGGGUUACCAGCCGGGUGGUUUCGGUGGCGACUACGAGUGCGAAGGAUUUGAGGAUGUCUCUUCCGUCUUUAGUGGAUGAGAAUGCGUGCCGGGUGAUUGGGAGGUUGAUAGCGGAGAGGUCCAAGGAUCCAGCUCCACUCGUCGCGUCGUACCGCCGUCUGCUUCUAGCGUUCGUGUCGCUCCUCGCUCUGCUCCCCGCGGAUCGCAUCGGGUGCGACGCGUGGGGCCACGACGGCCACGCGUUCACCUGCGCCAUUGCUCAGGCUCUUCUUACCGACGAGGCAGCAGCAGCAGUGGCGGCGCUGUUGCCACCCAUCGCCCAGGGAAGCCUUCCUGCCGUGUGCUCAUGGGCUGACGUCAUUCGGCACACCAAGGGGUGGGCCUGGUCCACCCCUCUGCACUUCAUUGAUACCCCUGACUUCGCAUGCUCCUACGAUGAACGCCCAAGCCAUUCGGCACACCAAGGGGUGGGCCUGGUCCACUCCACUCCCCUUCACUUCGCUGGUACCCCUGACUUCGCAUGCUCCUAUGAUGAACGCCGAGAUUGCGCCUUCGCCCAUCAACCAGGUGUGUGUGUUGCCAACGCAAUCAUCAACUACACAUCCCAGCUCCUCACCUACUCACCCCACCAGCAAUCCUCCCAGAUCCAAUCCCCUUCCCGCCACCCCCUCCCCCCAUCCUCCCCCCAAUCCGCUACUCCCAUCAAGGCUGCCGUUUUCCCCACCUCCCCUCACUGGCGCAGCCUCCUCAGGGGGUUAGAUGUGGGGCAAGCUGGGGUGCUGGGGGGGGUUGAGGAGCAGGGAGAAGGGGAAGAAGAAGAAGAAAGGGAAGAGGAGAUGGUGCGGGUGGUAAAGAGAGUGGUACGAGACGGUGUGAGGGAUGCGUCCCAUGCCUCUCUUUUUGCUGCUCCUGUUGGUGACACUGCCGCUUCUGCUGGUGCUGCAGCCACUGCUGCUGGUGGUGCUGCUAGUGAGCAGCGAGCAGCACUGGGUGCGGGGUCCAUAAGAGGCUAUAACCUCACAGAGGCUCUCAUGUUCCUGGCGCACUUUGCAGGGGAUAUUCACCAGCCACUACACGUGGGCUUCACAUCAGAUCUGGGCGGCAACAGGGUGCAUGUGACAUGGUUCAAGAGGCAGACGAACUUGCAUGCGGUGUGGGACGACUUCAUCAUAGCCUCAGCCAUCCACCUGCGCUACAACAGCAGCAGCACCGCCAUGCUGCAUCACAUCACCCACCAACUCUCUACUGACUGGCGCCCCCUCGUUCCUAUUUGGGUCUCCUGCCCUGGAGACAUCGCUUCUGCUGCUGCUGCUGCUGUUGCUGCUGGUACUCCUGGUGCUGCUGCUGCUGUGGAAGCACCAUUGACCAUUUCUCCUGCUCAAGCUGCUGCAUGCCCAGCUGUAUACGCCAUGGAGAGUGCAAAGGACGCAUGCAAGUGGGCCUAUCGCAAUGCGACACCUGGAGCCGUGCUUGGAGACGAGUAUUUCAUGUCUCGCCUGCCUAUUGUGGAGAUGCGUAUUGCCAUGGGUGGGGUGCGCCUUGCCCGCAUUCUCAACCACAUCUUUGCUCCUGUUAGGGCUGUACAGUAA